GAAUUUUUUAAUAUCACUUAUUAAUUAUCUAAAGAAUAUAAAUGUACACAGUAAGGUAAACAAGACGACAGGAAUGAAACGAAUCGAACAGAAAUAUAAUCGAUAAAUCUAAAUUAAAAUGAAAAAAAUUAUAAUAGUGGAUAAUCGUUGAUUUCUUUAAUGUAUUGUAAAUUAUGAACAUAUCAAAAUGGCUACCAAUCGAAGAUACAGCCAUUCAGGAAUUUGUGAAGAAUUGCAAAAAACUCAACAUGUUAUCACUGUCUCUAGAAAAGAAAUUAGGAAACAUGCUUCAUGGCAAGGAUGACUGUUACUCGGAAUUGGAAGCUAUCAUGGAAGGAUUAGACACCACUGGAAAAUUAUUUUCCAAAGUAUCCGGGGACCACAGGGUUGCCAUAGCUUCGAACUAUAAAUGUAAGCAUUGGAGAGAACAUAUCAGAGAAAAAAGAUUAUCGGUAAUGUACUUAUCCCUUCAAGUAAUUACAUCAGCGCUAUCCAAAUAUCUGGAAGAUCGGGUUCAAUUAGUUUAUGUAUUAAGAUUAAUUGAGUUCUUCGAUACACUCCUUGCCCUCAAUAGUGUAACUGAGAACCAGUGUACAUCAGUAGUUCGAAACACAUGUCCUUCUAUGCUUCAUCCAAUGAGAAAACUGUCUCUUACAAAAAUUCUCCAAGUUAUUGCACACAUUAGAGCAGAUCAUUGUGGCCAACAAUUGAUAUAUAUUUUGUUGAACUUGAAGACAGAAACUGAAAAAAUGGAAUCUGAUUAUCCAUCAUCAGACAACUCAAGUAUGGAAGUGUACAGGGCUCUAACAGAAAACUUAUCGCCGGUUCAUGAAAAUGCUAAUGUGAAAAAAGAAACUACUGAAGAAAAUACACCACCAGAAAUAGCCAUGUUAAAUGGUCUUCUAACUCUUGAAAGCCAUAAGUUAAAACCAUUAUUUGACACUAUGGCGAAAGAAACUCCUGAUCGUCUUGGUCCUUAUUUCAUUAAAGAAUCAAGAUCAAAAGGAGAUAUGAGAAUGAGUACAAAAGCAAGACAGAAAGUGAUAGCAUAUUACCAAGAAGUCCUCUGGGGAUUAGUUGGAACCUAUGCUGAGUACAAAUUAAUCUGGAGAGCUAUCGGAUUUCAGGGAGAAGCUUGCAAUCAGUGGGCUACAUGGAUUAAGAAAUUGGCCUGUAACCCAACACUCCCUCAUAUUCUGAAGCCUGCACUUCAGAGCCUAGUGGAUGGGUUAUGCCUUCAUAUAACCACAGUCACUUGGGAUCACAUGUUCAGGAAAGCAAUGGUGGCAGCUGGUUAUCAAAACAGUAAAUACAUCAAUAACAACUAUGAAAAUGGGACUUAUACAGGUCUGAUGUUCAGCGAAAUGUUUUCCGAACUGGUUUCACUCAGUAAUAGCUGCGAAGGUUCUAACUGGACGGUAGCUGCGCUGGAAGAACUUCCUCUCACAGAGCAAAUCCCGAUACUUCAUAGGCUAGAUCACACAAUCCAUACAUGUAGACUUUGGGCAGAGGGUAAAGCAAGGCAACUGGCGAACAUGUGGAACAUGGACCAAUUUUUCAGAGUGACACAAAUAGAUGUUGCUGCAUCUUUAAAAGAACUUUCAAACAGCCAUUUCGCAAACCAGAACGACUUGUUGGGACCCGAAUGCAGUGUCCACGUAAUGGUAUGUGGUAAAAUGAGAGCUAAACUGGUUUCCGAAGUGAAUGCCAAUGUAGAACAGUUGAAGGCAGUACCGGCACAAAGUAUUGAUGUCCUUGCAAGCGUAACUCGUACUUUCAGUCUGGCGAAUCUGAAACUCAUGUUUCCAUCGCCUAAAUAUUGGAAGCAGCAGUUCGACGAAAUACCCCAAUAUGCAAGCAAAUAUGUUGAAGAUUAUUUAGAUGAAAUUUUGAAGCCAGUCGUAAAUGCCACUAAAACAUUGGAGGACCCAAUACAGCAAAAGGUAUCUUGCUUGGUACUCGAUAUUAUGUGUGAAGCCUGGUUAGACCACAUUUAUAAAAAUAAAAUAAAAUUCACAGAAUGGGGGGCACUCCAACUUUUGGCAGACUUCGGAGCUGUGCCGACUUGGCUGAUGGAAAGAGUGCAGGCAACGCCAAAUCUUCUCUCAACCGAGAUGCUGAGGAGGUGCGAAGGCGUGGGUAGAUUAUUGUUAUCCCAACCAGGGCAUAGGAUACCUAUGAUUGACAAAACAAUCAGAAAAUAUCAAGAUGAAGGCGAGUCAUCGCCGACGAGAAUGCCUCCCGAAAUGUAUGUUCCUAAUCAAACACAAUGGCUCGAGCUGAGAGCCCAGAGAAAUAACUAUUUUUCAUUUUGCUGCUCAGGACUAAGAAUAGUAAGUAUA